UGUCUACGUGCUAAAUGCUGUUAAACUCGAGGAGUGGUGGCCACUUUCACUUAUACACCUCUAGUCAGCAGCUGUUUCAAGUCCAUUACUAGUUCUGUGUUAUUUGGCCACAAACAAGAUGAAAACAAUACCAUUAGUUUUUUUUACGUAUGUAUCUAUUUAUAUGGCGCUUUUAAUAUUAGAAGAAGCCACCCCCGUUGCUGCACAAGAACCCUCUAUUGAACUACCUGUAGAACUUAUCGGAUUCCCAGUGAUUAUAAUAGCAGUUAGAUUAUCUAAUUUUGUGAAGAAGCUCGCAUAUUCACUAAACCCGAGAACUUACACAGGUCGUGUUCGAAGAGCAGCAAUAGCGUCCUCCGAUGAAAUGAUCGACAUGAUCGAAGCCGAGAAAAGAUUAGUUUUAGAACUCGGCGAAAAUGUUUGCAUUUACACGAAAGUUUGUUUACAUCACGCAGAGAAGGCAAGUAAAGCUAAAGGAAGGCGAGAAAUGGUCGUAGAUUGGGACGAGAUUUUCAGUAACUACAAAUCGACUAAAGAAAAGCAGAAAGAGUUCUACCUGUUGAGCGUAUUUCUGGGAGAUUUUAUUGCUUCGCCACGAUUUUGCAAUCAGUUAGCCAAAAGGGGGCGUGCUUGUGUUGACUGAUGAAGAGAUGAUG